AUGUCUGGCCGUGGAAAGGGUGGCAAGGGUCUCGGAAAGGGCGGCGCCAAGCGUCAUCGCAAGAUUCUGCGCGACAACAUCCAGGGCAUCACCAAGCCCGCCAUCCGCCGUCUCGCUCGCCGCGGCGGUGUCAAGCGCAUCUCGGGCCUCAUCUACGAGGAGACUCGCGGCGUCCUCAAGAUCUUCCUCGAGAACAUCAUUCGCGACUCGGUCACGUACACCGAGCACGCCAAGCGCAAGACGGUCACCUCGCUCGACGUCGUCUACGCCCUCAAGCGCGCCGGCAAGACCCUCUACGGUUUCGGCCAGUAG